CAUUCUUGGUUACUGCUCGACUUACAUAUUCAUGCAGACAUUCAUGAUCCCCGACACUAUUUUCAUGUCCUUAUUCGCUGGAGCACUUUUUGGUGUCGUAAGAGGUCUUUUCUUUGUUGUCUUCAAUGCAACUGCUGGGGCAUCUUGCUGCUAUUUUCUGUCCAAACUCAUUAGCAUACCUAUUGUCAACUGGUUGUGGCCUGAAAAACACAGAUUUUUCCAGGCUGAGGAGAGAGAAAUUGUUGAAUUGCAUGCUCUUUCUGUGAGUAACACCGACACUGCCAAAACUGUUCAUCAAUUUGGCAUCGCCAAUUCAACUGUUGUUGGCCUCAUUCCAGCUUCCUAUAUUACUAUUAGAGCUGGGCUUGCAGUUGGAGAACUGAAGUUGGUGAAAGAUCUAUACGAUUUGAAGACAUUGGUGGUACUGUUCCUCAUCGGGUCGAUUUUAUUGUUGCCGACCCUUUUGAAGAGGAAGCGGAUAUAUGAUUAAAGCUUGUCCUUUACGAUUCCUCCCGUCUUUUUUUUGAAGAAAGGGGAGUGAUUACCUGUAACAUCAUUUGCUUUUGUAACGGGAAAUUUCAGCAUUA